AGGCAACAGCAACAGCACGCUCCUUUCCCCAUUCCUCCCUCUCUUUUCCUCAUAAUCCCACAGCCAUACCGGAGGGAGAUGAAGGCUACCCUGACCAGCUGAUGAGGACCGGCUGAAAGAGAGGAAAGUCUCAGUGUGAGCCCCCCUUCUUAUUUUGGGACGUUAAUCAACAAGGAGUGAAAGGAGGCGCGUACACACGAGCGUGCCUGCGGGAGGGAGGGAGGGAGAAGGAGAGAGAGAAGAGGGGGAUGAGUGGUACGUUUGGUACAGCUGCUGAUGCCAAGGUCUGAGAGUGAGACAGACUGAGGGAGACCUGAGGCUCGGAGGGCUCGGAGGGCUCGCACGUGCGGAGCGGCGUCAGAAACUUGUGGGCAACGAGGACAGGAAAACAGAUUCACAUACGCACACAGCUGGACAGAUGAGGAGGGAUCAGGGACCACGCUUCAGCCCUGGGUGUCUGGCGCACUCACCCUGCCUGUAACAGGCGAGGAGUCAGAGGACCAGGGCCAUGACUGGCUCUCCUGGCCAUGGUGGGCGUGCCUUAGUGCCAUGGCCGAAGCUGUGGCGAUGGGUCCUGGCGACUUCACUGGUUACCAUGAUAACCUUGACACUGCCAGGAAACAGCCACGCCUGUCCGCCACGGUGCGAGUGUUCAGCCCAGCUAAGGUCAGUGUCGUGCCAGCGACGGCGGCUCACCAACAUCCCAGAGGGCAUUCCUACAGAGACGCGGCUCCUGGACCUCAGCAAGAACCGGCUCCGCUGGGUGCAGGCGGGAGACCUGGCACCGUACCCACGACUGGAGGAAGUGGACUUCAGCGAGAACCUCAUCUCCACCUUAGAACCGAAUGCCUUCUCCACCCUCCAGAGUCUUAAAGUGCUGAAGUUAAGGGGGAACCAGUUGAAGUUGGUGCCCAUGGGAGCCUUUGCCAAGCUUGGCAAUCUUACCAGCCUAGACCUUAGUGAGAACAAGAUGGUGAUUUUAUUGGACUACACCUUCCAGGACCUGAAAAGUCUAAAACACUUGGAGGUCGGAGACAACGACCUGGUUUAUAUAUCCCACAAGGCAUUCUCAGGUCUGCUGGGGUUGGAGGACCUCACAAUAGAGCGCUGCAACAUGACAUCCAUCUCUGGUCAGACGCUGUCCUACCUCCGCAGCCUGGUCACUCUUCGCCUUCGCCACCUCAGCAUCACUGCCCUGGAGGACCAGAACUUUCGCAAGCUGUCAAACUUGCGGGGUUUGGAUAUCGACCACUGGCCGUACCUGGAGUACAUUUCCCCUCUUAGUUUUCAGGGCCUGGACCUCCACUGGCUCUCCAUCACCAACACCAACAUCACUUCUGUCCCCUCGGCCUCCUUUAAGAACCUUGCCCACCUCACCCACCUUAACCUGUCCUACAACCCCAUCACCACAUUAGAGCCUUGGGCCUUCAAAGACUUGCUGAGGCUGAAGGAGCUCAUCAUGGUAAGCACAGGUUUGAUGACGGUGGAGCCCCAUGCCCUCGGAGGCCUCCGACAGAUCCGCGUGCUCAACUUCUCCUCAAACGACCUGCAGACACUGGAAGAGGGCUCCUUCCAUUCUGUCAACAGUCUGGAGACCCUCAGAGUGGACGGGAACCCCCUGAUGUGUGACUGCCGUCUGUUGUGGAUCCUGCAAAGACGCAAGACCCUCAACUUUGACGGCAGAGUGCCGGUGUGUGCGGGGCCGGUGGAGGUGCAAGGCGUCAGCCUCAGCUCCUUCACCGACUCUGCACUCUUCGAUCACUUCACAUGCCAGAAGCCUAAGAUACGCAACCGAAAACUGCAACAGAUGAUUGCUCGUGAAGGCCAACCGGUGAGUUUUCUGUGUCGAGCCGAAGGAGACCCUCCCCCUUCUAUUGUCUGGAUUUCCCCACAGCGCAGGCGGAUCACAACUAAGAGUUCAGGGCGCAUUAUAGUUCACCCAAGUGGCACCCUGGAGAUCCGCUACGCCCAGCUCACUGACAGUGGGACAUACAUCUGCAUAGCCAGUAACGCCGGAGGCAAUGACACCUACUUUGCCACACUCACGGUGCGUGGCCAACCGCUGGAUGCCGCCUCAGCCUUCUUUCUCAACCGCUCACUGUACAGCAGCGAGUUCUUCAACGACACAAAUCUAAACAGCACACGCGUUUUCCUCAAGUUCACCUUUGACCUGACCACCAUCUUGGUCUCCACGGCAAUGGGCUGCAUCACGUUCCUCGGGGUUGUCCUCUUCUGUUUCCUGCUGUUGUUCGUGUGGAGCCGGGGACGCGGACAACGCAGGAACAACUUCACAGUGGAGUACUCCUUCCGGAAAUCUGAACCCGCCACUGGAAGCUCUUCAGGAGGGACCAGGAAGUUUAACAUGAAAAUGAUAUGAAACAACGCAGCCAGGGGUCCCUCGGGGGAGGCAUGAGCACGUCCCAUAAACGUGUUUGACACACGCAAACGCACACAGCCUCUGACUCGCAAAGAAGCUUGACAGCACAAGUCCCUGUCCGUGGCUCCACUCAUUCGAGCGCCCACAUCAAAACCGGAGCCACUUCUCAAUUUGGUCUGAUUUGUGAACCUGAUCUCUCAGCAGUUUUAUUCAGCUUGUGGUCAAAAUUUGCUUAAAUUAUACCUUAAGGAGUGCUAGCUACUUGUCAUUUAUGCUUAAUAGGCACAGAAGAAAGAACAUAUAGGUGAUAAGAUGUAAAUUGGCACGAUCACUGGCCUGUGGAACAGUGAUAGUCCUGUUUCUCAUUUAUUUUAAUGAGAAAUGAUAAGGUUUCCUUUUUAAUUUCAAUUUCUCUCUUUUUUUGUAGAGUCAGGGAUUUGAAAAGAAAUUCAGUACAGAGAGCUUCUGUCCAUUAAUUACUCUCUCUAAAGCCUGCCGUUCUGCUAAUCAUGCAUGUAGCUUUAAGCUGUAAGUUUGUACCACUCAUAAAAACACAUAGCUUUGAAAGACAGUUAAAUAGGUUUUUCUAUUUAUUCUGACCACCGCUGAGGAGUAAGGAUUACAAAGAGCAAAAUGUUUUAUGAAUAUUAUCAUAUGGCCUUUGCUUUUAUGCACACAGGCUGAAAAAUAAUAAGAUUUGCAUAAAGCAAGAAAAGAAAUCUGGCUUUUUCUUCUUUGUGAGCUUUGUGAGGUUUUACAACAUUAGCUGUGUGAGUUUGGGACGAGCGCACCGGCUGAGAGUUGCUGUAGCCGCCUGUGGCCCGGUGGGUUUGGUUUGGAAGUCGUGCCCACCGGUCACAGGCCACCACUGUAACCAUGCCAACCAACACAGGAGGGACCGGGAUGGUGGCCACAAGAGGGUUGCUGGGUAGAAGAGGCAGGCGACUUCUGCUCUCUCUGCCCUGCAUCCCGUUCGUGCUCUUCUUCAACACGAGAGGGUCAACCUGCCUCCUGCCCCUCGUCCCUGCUGUGUUGGUGGACACCCAACCCUACCAGCGCUGCCAGGGGGGAGCAGCCUGGCGAGUUGGUUCAUACUUAGAGGCAGACAGAGGACACACGGUCCCACUAGGAGGUGUUCACAUUAACACACAUAAACACCCUCAUCCUACGAGUGGAAGGCGGCACACGUACAGCCCCUUUUCUCAGGAAAAGUGAAAUAACUAGCCUACAGAGUGAGAAUGGUUAUGCAUAUUUACUCUGAUAAACUGUAAAACAUUCCAGCAAUACUUUAUGUGGAGCCAUAAAGCUAAAAGUCCAUUCUCUGAGAGAGAAGUGAUGUGAAUUCGUGAGUGUAUAAGCCAAGCCAUAGUUGUGUAGGUUGUAUUUUUAUACAGUAGUGUGUGCAUGAUUCAGUUAUAUAAUUAUUGCCACUGCCAUCCUACAAGCUGUCGCAAUGAUCACAAGACCAUCUGCUGUCACCGGGCUUGCAUAAAAUUUCACCUCAUAACACACACACACACACGCACGUGCUCAGAGGAGAUAGAACCACAUUGAGGUGAUUUUUUCUGAUAGGAACAACACACGACACACGGACCAAUGAACGUGCGGCACUCGCUGCUCUCUGUCUGUCUCUCAGAGGGCCGGUGUGCGAAUGUCUCUGCCCCCCUAGCCCAGUGCUUCCCCCCCUCCUCACCCACAUCCCCCACACACCCCCACUGGGUCCUCCUUUGGGAGGGGUCCCUGGCUGGAGACCGAGGAUUAAAAAUGUAAAUGAAGUCGUGUAACCCUACCCACGCCAUGUGCAUCGUAUAGUGGAGAGUAGUACUGUGGUUUUAAAAAUGGAAAAAAAAAACAAAAAAAAAAAAAAAAAUCGUUUUUAAGUGUUCUGUUUGUCCUUCAAUUUAUUUUCUUUUUCUUUUUUUCAGUUGUUGUUCUCUGUGACCUUUUGGCUGUUUACCGUUUUAAUGUUCUUCGUCCUCCAUGUGGGAUUGUCCUCUUCUCAACACCUCAUGCAGUAGCACCCUUUCAGAUCUCAAGGUGCACGUAAGCCUAGAGCAGGCAGAGCGUUAAGUUCAUUCACAGCUGAGAUUUGAUCUAAAGCUCUUCUGUGGAGAAGAAAAAAAUGUUUGCAAGUUAACAGAUGAAACUGAUAGUUGCUAGUUACUAAAAGCUGUGAAAUUAAAACUUUACACACUAAUGUAAAUCAUGGAUUUACCAUAGACUGUAAAACACAGCCUGAUUCACUCAUCCUGAUGACAGCUUUGGCUUAUUGAAUACUCAAAUUUGACAUUUUAGCUGCUGCCAUGUUUUUUUAAUGGACAUGUCCAUACAUCACACUGUAAUAAUAAAUGUGAUGUUAACUUUAAUUACAUGAAAAACUGAGCAGCUCACACACUGCAGUGUCUUUUAAUACAACCAAAUCCUGAAUGAGAACAAAUUAGAGGUGCGCCGAUCGAUCAGCUGGGGACAGGAAUCAGCGGAUUUUCAGCAGUGACCGGCCAAUGAGCCUCAUGUGUGUGCGUUUCAGUAUGCACAACACGUGCACAGCAGCAUAGGCAAAUAAGCAAAGCUCGCCAAAGUUAAACGCGGGGGAGGAACACCCCAAAAACUUUUGUAAUGACAGACCUAACCAGAUACUUAAAUCACCAAGCUGAACGUUAAUAUUUUAAAGAAACUAACAAUGGAAAAGUGGAUGUAGCUAAAGCUAUCCAGAGCUCAGAGAGCCUCGGUAUGAGCAAUGGACUGAAGCCACAAAAAAAGGGGGGGAGGAAGAGAAAGGGGCUGGCGUCCUGUUAUCUGGAGAAAUCCUGUUAAUAGUUAUAUACAUAUAAUAAUAAUAAUAAUAAUGAUUAAAAAUAAUAAUAAUAAAAUAACUAAAAAGAUCAAAACAUUUUUUUUCCUGUGGUGAGGUAAGUAUGUCUAUUUACAUAUAGCUAUCACUGCUAAUGUUCCUUGGCAUACCUUACAGGUAUGGCCUCUGAACUCAAGAGAACCUUAAAGUAAUGGAAAAUAUGUUAAAGCUAAAUGUUGUUUCAUAGAAUUUAAAAAGAAAACAAAUAAAUAAAACCAUGGUAGACUAUAGAUAAGCGGAAGAGGAUGGAUGAACGGAUAUAGCAAUAACAAAAGGCCAAAAGAUUACUUAGAUUAGAAAAAUAGCUGCUAUUUACACAUGUCAGGGGUUGCAGAGGCUCUAACGGUGCUUUAUAUAGCAACUUAAUGGUUUGAAAAUCAUUUCCCCCAGGUAAGAGACACCCUCAGACUCCUUUGCGAGUUAAAUCUUGCAAACUCCAUUUUUGUCGCUUGUAACGAAUGAUGAAACCACAGCCUCUCUGUCAGAAUGAAUAACUGAACAGCUCUUAAAGAUUCAUGAGGCCGAACAAGAAUAGAUGAACAAAUUAGCCUGUUUUUUUUUUUUUUAACAGUGUCUUUGACAGGGUCUGCAGCCAUUUUGGCUCUGGUGGUGUUGAGAACAGGAUGUUGCCUUCGUGGAUAUCUCUUCUCCCUCAGCCCUUCCUUCUGUGUUUCCAUCCCCCGGUACUUCUCAGUGCAAACUUAGGUUUAGAUGACAGUGAGAAUGUGCGUAGCGAUUGUGGAUGGUGUUAUUGUGUAAACAUCGAUUUCAAAUUGUAAGCGUAGAUGACGGUGUGUUUUCAUUUUUUGACCUUCUUCUCCUUCUUCCCUCUUUACCGUCCUCGUGGCCCCCUCUCCUGUCCCCCGUCUUCUUUCUUCAUCUCCUCGUUGUCCCUGUUCACAGUAUUAGGCUGGAAUAUGGUUGUGCGGUAGUAGACACGUGUUCACUGUGACUGGUGAGUAAGUGUUGUUGUCUUAUGAUGUGUUGCUCCUCGUGAUACCAUCAAACACGGAGCAGUGAUUAGAUCAUUGGAGACAAAAGAUGAAAGGAAGGGGUGACCCAGGUUCCCUAAAAAUCAAAACAAACAAACAAAAAAAAAAAACACUGGUUCCCAUUUUUCACACACCCAUUCCUUAAAAUAAAAAAUGUCUGGAACUUUUCCCUCUCUGCACAGUGCCACUCUGGGAUCUUUCUCUGCGUGUGAAACUCUGUGAACUGUACUGUACGUACUUUCUCUUGAUGAUAUCUUGACACAAUUUAACUUGCAAAUGCAGAAAAGAGGUUGGGUUGUUGCAGAGCCGUGACUAAACGCCUAUGCGCUCGCUUUCUGCCUACUGAGGUACACUGAGUCAUCUUGACAAGGAGGUAGUCCAUUCAUUAAAAACCUGACACCUCCAGCUGAUCGGGGUUGGAACGAAGCACUUGUGUCUAUUCAAGCUCCAAAAGCUUGCUUCAAGCUAGAUGCUGUUUAAAAAAAAUGUCCUGCAGCUAAAAUUUCCUAGCAGAGGUUUGCUUUCAAUGGUUUUAUUGGUAUGCUAAACUGAUUAAAAAAAAGACACUUCUCCAAAAAAAAAAAUCCUCAGCAGCUCUUCUCAAAAAGGCUGCGGCACACAACACAGCUUUGCAGCCGAGCCGCUGCCUGCCUGACUCUGACUGACAGACUCUCUGUGUUUGUAGAUACCAGUGGAGGCGAGCUUGAUUCAUCUCCUCUGCCACGAUUCUUGAGAAAGUAGGCUGAGAUAUCCCCCGCUCCCUCCGCUGGUUUGUCCUUGCCUGCGGUUGGUACACCGUAGUCUAGACGUCCCAUUUACAGCAGGAGCAGAAGCAACCUCACCGUUAGCGUACCUUCCACUGAGGAAACUCUUCAAAGACCCACAACAAAACAAGAAGAAAAAAACCCUUUGGACACACACCACAGUCGUGGCGUCAAGCCUGAAUUAUUCAUUUUUGGGUUUUUUGGUGUGUGUCCCAUUGUUUCCAUUCCAUUAGCACACUGAGGGAGGCUUUCCUUUAAACGCUUUAAGCUGUUUUCUUACAAUUUUGGCCACAACAACAUCAAAAGAACCAUAUUAGUCGUAUCUUCAGGACUACAUUUCUACAUUUUUGUCUCCUGUCAUUUCUGAUUCCAUGUUAGCUCUAAAUAAAUCCAUCUCUUGCUCCGCGUCCUACAGCUGCUGGUUUUGAUUGGAUUAGACUUGAGAUUUAUCAGAGCUGAGACGAGCAGUAAUAGGAUGACAGAGGAGCGAGCCUGGCUUGAUUGGGUGAUUACUUGGCUUAUUAGUCCCAUUUCCAUAACAGGCUUCUCAGACAGAGUGUCAUGCAAAUAGACUUUUAGCUGUUUAACAGCAUCAGUGUCAGACAGAGAUAUGACCUGUGAUGAGUUUCUCAGGCAAAGAGGCGGUGAUGCAAACUGUCGCUGUCGCCUGAUAUAAGUGAGCGUUCUGCAGAGCUUUGCUGAAACACUUUAGAGCACCUCAGACAGACAAAUGCUUCAUCUUAACCUUGACCAGACCCCCACCCACCCCCCAACAGACACACACACACAAACAAAAUCACCUCCAUUUCCUUCUGUGUGACAAUGCUGACCCCCAGUGGUCACUGUGAGUAUAAGAAACAAAUCCUGAAGACUGUUGUACCAAAGCAACAGCUCGGGGCCUCAAGCAGGUAAGCGAGAAAAUUGACUGUUAGCUUCAUAAGUCAGUGCUUCACUGAUUUCCUUAUAGCCAUAGCGUGACCCCUUCUUGGCACUGGGUGUGUUUCUGCCUGCAGUGGGAGCAGGAGAGGCCUCCAUCUCAUCAAAAAGCAAACUCCUCUAAGUCUGGAGAUUACACACUUAAACCCCCACCACCAGUCUCACCAAACCCUCCCCCCAGAAAACUUCACAGCAUUAUUCUUUCUCUGUAUAUGAUUAAGUGCUGCUCAGCAAAUGAUCGGCUACUCUCUAGAGAAGAAAAAAAAAACAAGUUUCUUUCUUGUGGUCUUAGCAGAUUAAAUCUAUGCAUGCCUUUUGUAUACAGUGAUUGGUCUUGCCAAACUCUCACCUACACUUGUACAGAUAGCCAUGGGUGCCAUCGUUGCUGGCCAUGGGACUGGCUGAAACGACUAACGUGUGUUUUAAUCUGGUACAAGUUAAAGCCAGGGGGCAAAGAGUCACCGGCAUUCACGAAUAUAUAUAUAAAGAAGCAUUUGUUUACUUGGGAUGAUUGUACUUUUACACAUAUCUAUCUUCAAACAGAUGAUCUGCUCUGAUGUGUAAGCUGUUGAUAAAGCUAUUGAUAUUCCAAGCAGGAUGGUGGGACUGAUCAAUCAUGCUGUGUGGGGACAGGAUUGUUAAUGGCAUACUUUCAUUGAUCUAUCUUGAAUCUUGUCACUCUCUCAAAGUCUCUCUGGAGUAGGAGGAGGCAUACAGAGCUCUCAUAGACCUGGUUGGCACUCAUUCCUAGGUUUCUACACCUCUUUUUUGUUGUUGUAAUGAUUUCCUCUUAAAACGAGAUGGUGCCAGCUUUUAUGCUUUUUUUUUUCCAGGUCUGGGAUAAUAAAACGCUCUGUUGCCUCUCCCACUCUUUAGAGGAAGCUUUCAUUUGGUAUAGCUCUGCAUUUCUUGGUGCGCUCUGAUUCAAUACAAACAGGUAAAAGUAAUACUGAUACUUAAGGUAUCUAUCUAUCUAUCUAUCUAUCUGUCUGUCUGUCUGUCUGUCUGUCUGUCUAUCUGUCUAUCUAUCUAUCUAUCAAUCAGCCUGGCACUGACCUCGUUGAGUAUCUCAGAUACAUCCAUCACUCUUUGAUAUUUGUUCCUCUUUCGCGUGAUUGUCGCUGACCACUGAAACCUAGGAAUGGGUGCCAAGAGCGCCAACUAAAUGCAGAGCCAACGUAAAAACAGCAGCUUAUCAGGUCAAAUGGCGUUAAAACGAUCAAUCAUUAAUAUCAAAGAGACUGUUAUACAAUCAAUACCAAACCUGGACUCUAAUCCUCUCCGGCUUCUUGAGCGUUUGAGUGUACGUGAAUAUUUCUAGCAUGUAAAUUUUGUGCCAUAGCAAGUGGAUCCUUGGAGAAGAAGAACAGGAACUGUACAUAUUAGAUCUAUUAGCCAUAUCAUGUCAUCCAAUCUGUAGACCUCCUUGCCAUGUCUGACAGAGGAAAAUGACUGUUGAACUGUAAAUAGUGUAGGUAUAGUAAAAUAGGAUUUAUCGGCUGUUUCUUCUCUCCGGGGAUCGCCCAUGUUUUGCUCAGUCCCAUGGCUGCUUGGUCUCAAAGGGAAGGAUAAGACAAUAAUGUAUUUGUCUAUAGAACACAUAUGACUUCUUUUUUAAUUUAAAUGUAUGUUUUAUAUACCGUCUGUCUUGUAAAUGAGCUCCUUUUUCGUCAUAAAAGCAUGAUGUGACUCGA